UGAACAAUUCCAGAUGCCAGAAAGGGUUCAUGGAUUCUGGGAGGUGGAUGGAACAAUGACCUUUGGGGAGGAGAACUGCCUAUGGCAUCUUGGAUAGACAAUAUUACACCUGACAAUCCAGUUUGGCUAGCGAGGAUGGAUCAUCAUAUGGGCUUGGCAAAUUCAGUUGCACUUAACUUGGCUGGAAUUACUAAAUUAUCAGAAGAUCCAAGUGGAGGAACUAUAAUGAGAACUGUUGAUGGAGAGCCUACAGGGUUGUUAAUUGAUUCUGCCAUGAAUCUUAUCCUAUCCUUGAUUCCUGAUGUCUCUGUGGAUCAAAAAAGGGAUGCUUUGCUUAGGGCUAGCAAUCUUGCCUUGAUGAGAGGAGUCACAACUGUUGUGGAUUUUGGGAGAUAUUUUACUGGUGCAUCAGUUGAGGCUUCCUGGGAGGACCUUUCAGGUUUUCACUUAAGAUAUUUUCCAGAGUUUAUGCAUUUUAAGUCAAAUGAAGUUAUUCUGCUGCACAUAUGAUUCUGCAUGCUUUUUGAACUAAGGAUUCUCAACAAAACAAUUACACCUAAAUCUCAAACAAAAGAAUCACAGAAAAGAAAAAAAAAAAAAAGGGAACCAUUUUAGAUGGAUGCAAACAUGAUAUUGGCAACUUGAGACAUCUUUUCAUAAUAGAAAUUGCUCAAGAAUCCUAUAAAUGCAAUGCUGCAGAAAGUGACUUUUCUUUCCAGUGCCUUUGUUGUUCUUUGUCUUUUAUUUUCUUCGGUUCGCAUAGAUGUCUAUCAAUGGGCUGAUUCUUCAGGCAAGAUGACAAUCAGAGUUUGCUUAUUUUUUCCAAUUGAGACAUGGUCAAGUUUGCAUGUAUGACCUCUUUGACAAUUUCUCUGUUCAAAGUGACAUGUUGAAAUUAGUUAUUUUAGAUUCCUAUUAUUUGUUUUCCGAUCAUGUUUUUUUUUUCCCCACUGAAAUUUUAU